CCCGGCCGCCCGCUCUCCCCGCGCGUCGCGGCCGCGUGGCCCGGCUGAGCCCCGAGACCACCACCCGGCUCGGGCCAGGCGCAGUCGCGAUGUCGGUGGCCGGGCUGAAGAAGCAGUUCCACAAAGCCAGCCAGCUAUUUAGCGAGAAAAUAAGUGGUGCCGAAGGAACGAAACUAGAUGACGAAUUUCUUGACAUGGAGAGGAAAAUCGACGUAACCAAUAAGGCUGUCACAGAAAUCCUUUCAAAAGCCACCGAAUAUCUUCAGCCGAAUCCAGCAUACAGAGCUAAGCUGGGGAUGCUGAACACUGUGUCGAAGAUCCGAGGGCAGGUGAAGACCACCGGCUACCCGCAGACGGAGGGCUUGCUGGGAGACUGUAUGCUCAAGUAUGGGAAGGAGCUCGGGGAAGACUCCACCUUCGGCAAUGCGUUAAUAGAAGUCGGCGAAUCCAUGAAACUCAUGGCCGAGGUGAAAGAUUCCCUGGACAUCAACGUGAAGCAGACGUUCAUUGACCCGCUUCAGCUGCUGCAAGACAAAGAUUUGAAAGAGAUUGGGCACCACCUGAAAAAGUUGGAAGGCCGCCGCCUGGAUUACGACUAUAAGAAGAAGCGAGUAGGUAAGAUCCCCGACGAAGAAGUCAGACAAGCGGUAGAAAAGUUUGAAGAGUCCAAGGAGCUGGCCGAACGCAGCAUGUUUAAUUUCCUAGAGAAUGACGUAGAGCAGGUGAACCAGCUGGCUGUGUUUGUGGAGGCGGCACUGGACUACCACAGACAGUCCACGGAGAUCCUGCAGGAGCUGCACAACAAGCUACAGAUCCGAAUAUCGGCUGCAUCCAACAUCCCCAGACGGGAGUACAGGCCGAGGCCCGUGAAAAGGAGCUCGAGUGAGCUCAAUGGGGUUCCCACCUCGUCCACGGCAAAGACUUCCGGUUCUAACGCUACCAUGGACCAGCCCUGCUGUCGUGGUCUCUAUGACUUUGAGCCAGAGAACCAAGGAGAAUUAGGAUUUAAAGAAGGGGACAUCAUUACGUUAACCAAUCAGAUAGACGAAAACUGGUAUGAAGGAAUCAUUCACGGGGAGUCUGGAUUCUUCCCCAUUAACUAUGUCGAAGUGAUUGUGCCUUUACCGCAGUGAGCGUGCACCUGCGCCUCCGGAGGUCCUUUCGUAACUGAAAUCAAUACACAGUGUUCUCCCCGUGUGGCGUUCUGUGAUCUGCUUGCUCUCUGGACCACCUCCCGACUUUUGUAUGCGUGUUUUCUCUUUCUAAUGUAAUUUUGUACCACUUUCAUUUGUAUAAAUGAUUUUUUUCUUGUCCUAGCUCCAUGCAAACAGUUUUUCUUUCUUUGCUUCUUGUCCUGCACGUCAUUGGGUUAAAUGUCUGUGCUUCCUGUCGCUGAAAACAAACUGGCCCCACUGCAGCCACGUCAGCCAGCUGCCCUCAGCUGCCCGCCCGCGGGGACGCGACAUUUGAAACCAAGAAACGCUCCAGUGUUUUGUUUCUUGACCUGAUUGACGGCAUCUGGUCUCUUCCCUGCGUCGUGUUUUAAGCUUACCUGUGAAUAACCCAAUAAA